GACGCGGUUGGACGGGGAUGAACGGGAGGUCGGACGUGAGGGGUGCUCGUCCGUGCGCGUAACUUUACCGGCAGCAUCCAGUGACAUCGCGGAGCUCGAGGCGCGCGCUUCGUGCAUCCUUCGACGAAGAGAAAGAGAUUCUCUCGACUAACGUAUGAUCAUCACGUUACAAAAGAAGUGAAGUUUGGCGAAAAUUUACGAGGAAAGAGGACGCGUACCAGCUCGUAAAAAAAAAAGAGAGAUAACGAAAACAAAAAAAGUGCAAAGUGAAAGAAAGAAACGGAAUCAACAUCUUUUGAUUUUGAUAACAAAUUAAGGAAGAAGUUAGAACGUCGCGCGAGCGAAUAUCGAUCGCGAAUAUCGCGGGUAGCAGCGCGUGCGAGGUGCGCGAGGAGGUGGAGCGGAGAAGGUAUGGUGAGAUACGAAGGUGCAUCAUCGUGUCGCGAUACGAGAUAUCCAAGACCACAGUGAAAAUAGUGCAGAAAAAAAGCUAGAACCGGAAAACCGAUGAUUACGCUUGGCUCUUCUCGAACCACGUGUUUGCUUCUACAUUCGUGAACCGACGUAUGCGAGCCGCGCCACGUCUAACUAGACGAUCGCGCGCGCCCGACGGAAGACGAAAGGAAGACUAUGUCAUAAACAUUGUCGACUCCGAUAAAGUAAACGAAUAGCGGAUAUAUCAGUAUCGAUCAACUGGCCGAUCGUUCUCCCUACCGAGCUCUCUUCUAAUAGAGAUUUUCUCAGCUUAGUGCGACAGGAGAUAAAACAACGCGCGAACUCCUCCAACGGAAUACGACGUGGGCCUCGUGAGUCUCACGAGAAUGAUUCGUGGGUGAAAUAUACAAGAGACGUUGUUUGCCAGUAUGCUGUGGAUAUUGAUUGUGGUGACGUGCUUCGAGGUAUCGACUCUGGCUGAUGCGCAAUCGGAGAGGACAACGUCCUUGGAUGAAGAUGCAAACAAUAACGAACCUGACCAUCCGGUACCCAUGGAGUCGAUACAAGGGGUGGCAGGUCAAAGAGCGAUUUUACCUUGUAACAUACAACCACGAGAACCAAACGACGCCGUCACUAUGGUCUUAUGGUUUAAGAAGGAUAGCGGCGAUCCACUAUACAGUUAUGAUGCAAGAAUUCGACAGUUUGGAAAAGCAAAGCUAUGGAGUGCGCCAAAUUUUUGGGGUCAUCGUGCUACUUUUCGUGCAAAUCCACCGGCACAGUUGACGAUUCAAGAUAUUCGUGAGAGCGACGAAGGUGUAUAUAGGUGCAGAGUCGACUUUCGAAAUUCUCCCACGAGAAAUUUCAAAGUCAACUUCACCGUUAUUGUUCCGCCGUCGAAGCCGAUAAUCUACGACACGAAGAGACGAGACAUGAGCAAACUCCUCGAAGCCUAUCCUGAAGGGGCCGACCUCACCCUCGUCUGCGAGGUUCACGGAGGUAAACCGAAACCGCAAGUCGUGUGGUCUCUCGGGCCGCAGAAAAUCGAUGCACCAACGGAGGUUCGAGAGACACAAGGGCCUGAAGGGGAAAGCAAUGUCAUAACGAUAAGCAAUGUGACAGUGAAAGGCCUCACGAGAAGUCAUCAUCAUGCCAAAUUGUCCUGCGAGGCGAGUAACACUCACUUGGCACCACCGCCCAGAACUACUGUCACCAUAGAACUAAAUAUGAAACCCUUGAAAGUGGAAAUCUUGGAGAAGGACAAAACUCUUUCGGCAGGAAAAAAGUACGAGGUCGAGUGUCGAAGCACAGGUUCGAAGCCAGUAGCGAAUUUGACUUGGUGGAAGACUUCGAAACAACUUAAAAAGAUGGCAAAAAAUUUUCAGGAAGGAGGUACGAGCGUAAGCGUGCUCCAAUGGAUACCAAACAUCGACGAUGACGGCAAGUUUCUUGCGUGUCGUGCAGAGAAUCCAAAGUUACCAGAAGCAGCCAUAGAAGAUCGAUGGAAACUGAAAGUGCACUAUGCGCCUAUCGUCACUCUCAAAAUGGGUUCUUCCUUGGAUCCGAAACGUAUUAAAGAGGGCGAUGACGUUUACUUCGAGUGCACCGUCAGAUCCAAUCCUAGAGCCUAUAAACUAACUUGGUUUCAUGAGGAAGAAGAACUCCAUCACGACGUUACCGCCGGCAUAGUGCUUUCAGACCAUUCUCUAGUACUUCAGAGCAUAACACGGGAAUCCGCUGGGAGAUACACUUGUAUGGCUACCAAUCUCGAAGGUCACGAGAGCUCUAACAUCGUCAAUCUAGAGGUUAUGUUCUCACCGAUAUGCAAGCACGUGUUAAACUUUGGAGGGUGGAGAUACCAAAACGCCACGCCACCGCCCUUUAAUGUUCCGGAAGAUGUGCACGGUGCCUUGAAGCACGAAACCAUAAGCUUAGUCUGCGAGGUUGAAGCGAAUCCAACGACGGUGACCUUCCACUGGACAUUCAACAGCAGCGGGGAUCUGAACGACAUUCCGUCCACGAAAUAUAGUAGCGAGAGUACGAUAAGCAGACUGAAUUACACUCCGUCAACGGAUAUGGACUAUGGGACGCUCGGAUGCUGGGCAAGCAACGUCGUUGGCCAAUCCAAGCAACCUUGCCUGUAUCAGGUUAUAGCAGCAGGCAGACCUUACCCGUUGCAAAAUUGCACCGCCUACAAUCAAAGCGACUCGUGGAUAAAGAUAUCCUGCGUGGAGGGUUACGACGGUGGACUACCUCAAAAGUUUGUUGCCAUUGUGGACAAGCAAAGGUUCGAAUCGCCGAAUCCCUUCUGGGAACUAAAGCUUCACAAACCAACAACGGUUGCCCUUUAUGCAGUGAACGUGAAAGGUUCGAGCGAUCCAGUCAUCAUGGAAGGAGUCGCUUUGAAAGGCGUAGCAAAAUAUACUGGUGAAUCGGUUUCCUCGGUCGACAUGUCACCAAUUUUGAUUGGACUAGGCGGUACAGCCACUGGUUUGGGACUGAUUGUAACCGGUGUUCUAAUGGCUCUUUGGAGAAGACACGCGGCGACACCCACAAAACCUAAACCGCUUCAACAAUCCAGCAUCGCGACUUUUACAAGCAAAGCCGAAGAAGAGGAUGGAAAUCCUGAUCUCAUACCAACAACGGCCUUAACACAUCAUUUAACGGAUAGAAAAAUUCCAAUAUGUGGCUCUUUGCCACGACGACCUCGACAAUUAGAAGGACGAGAAAUGUCGCAUGAUAUUUUAGAAGACUCAUCUUACUCUCGAACGUCGCCUAAUACGUUCUAUAGUCUUCAAAGGCCACAUCGUUACCCCGAAAGUAUGAGAAAUACGACGAUACAGGAGAGCUGCAUUUAAGAAGAAAAUCUCGAAAGAAUCAGACAUUAAAUAACAAUGUGGUUUGGAGAUCCUGCCAAAAGACGAGCAGCGAAUCUCUCGUACGAAGCCCGAUCAUCGAAUCACAUCCAGCAGGGUAAACGGUUUUUCUGUCUUAUAAGUGGAUUCCGAAGAAAAAGAAGCGACGAAAAAUGGGGACAUGUGGAAAAUGCCAAAUCAUGCUUACGCCAUGUUGUACACGUUCGACCAUACGAAAACAUUUAUAACCAUUCACUAUGCAUUUGUAAAUAUUGUAUAUAAAUAAAAACACAUCAAUUUCGUGUUA